UGAAAAAUACCAAAGAACUUUUUUUGUGGCGUGAGGCGCGCGUGUGUGCUUUGUGCUUUGUGCAUUUUGUUUACAUUGAAGCGAAACCAGUAUUUUUCUUGUUCUGACAUGAGAUUCGCGGUGCUCGUGCUCUGAAUUUCCGUGUGCAUUUAUAUUUUACAUUGAGGACGUACUUGGUUGCUUUUAAUCUUGUCUGGACAAUGGAAGUCUCUUGGCGGUUAUUGCGCGCCGUUGCACUGAAUAAAAGAGGCUCAAGACAUUUUAGCAAAGUUAUCAGUAGCGACCCAGGAAAACUGACUAAGUCGGAUUUUAAGAAGUUCCUCGUACAAAUGGAUAUGUCACUUGUUGACGGCCAUACCUGCCUUCAGUCGGAGUGCAAGGCAUGCUCAGUGAAAUCGCCGGGUAGCCUCUACAUAAACAAAACAACAGGGUUUUUUACUUGUGUCAAAUGUAGAAGUUAUGGUGAAUGGACAGCGCUUCAAAGACUCUAUCGUGCCAUUCCAAGCAAAGGAAAGAUGAAGGAAGAUCUGUCGGAACUCAAGUCACCCUUGAAUGGAAUCAAAUCAUUUCCCAAAGAACUCAAGUUAAAGGAAACUCUCAUUGAAGUGCACACCAAAUCGGAUGAAGAUAUCCUGAAAUUAAUGCAAAAAUUUAAUCUACCACAUACAACCCGUGAAGUUCUCAAGCAGAUGGGUGCCUGUUUAGAUUCAUCCUGUACCUCCAUGUAUUUCCCUUUCAAGUCAAUUGAUGAUUUAACUGCAGGUUUCAGGGUAAUAUCAAGAUGCUCCGAUGAAGAAACAUCAUUAUUGGGUGCUGACCAAUCAGGCCUCAUCAUCGUGUAUCCUGAAAGACUGACCACUCUUAAAAAAACCAGCAAACUCAAAACAAUCAAUUCUGCCAUUGUAGUUACUUCUGUAAGAGAUGCUUUGGCCCUUACUAAAUCUGGAGUUUCAAGUCACAUCAUUUGUUUGCCACAUGGUAUUAGCAAGCUACCCAUAGAAACACUUCCCUUGUUUGAAAUUUAUACAAAAAUAACUUUCUGGAUUCGAAGUUGUGCUGGAAUGUGGGAUGCUAUUCGGUGCUUUUCUAAUAAACUUGAUGCAAAACGGUGCUUUGCUGUGAAGCCAAGUGCUCAUGCGCCCAGUGCAAUGCACGCCCAUGAAAAUGGUGAAAAUCUAGUAUCAAUGUUGUCUGAAGCAAGACCUUUACAUAUUGAAGAUGUCACAUCAUUCAAAAGUCUGAGAGCAGAGGUCAUGUCGGAAUUGUCUAAUGUAGGAAAGGUUGAAGGAAUCAAAUGGCGGUGUUUUCCAUUACUGAACAAUUUGCUCAAAGGAUUUAGAAGAGGUGAAUUAACAGUGCUGUCUGGAUCAACUGGUAGUGGCAAAACAACUUUAAUGGGCCAAUAUUCUCUUGACUUGGCAGAGCAAGGAGUGAAUACACUGUGGGGUAGCUUUGAAAUACCCAAUCAUCGUCUGGCUCGCACUCUGCUGACACAACUGGCAGGGAUCCCUUUGCAGGAUCAUAUGGAUCGUUUUGAUGAAUUUGCAGACAGUUUGGAAAGACUUCCUAUGUAUUUUAUGAAGUUCCAUGGGCAGCAUUCUCUUGAAAAAGUGAUGCAGGUACUCGAACAUGCUCAGUAUGUGUAUGACAUUGGCCAUGUGAUAAUUGACACAGUUCAAUUCAUGAUGGGUGUCAGUGAAGAUAGCAGUGGUGCUGAUCGCUUUUGGAGGCAGGAUAACAUCAUAGCUGCCUUUCGAAGUUUUGCUACUCUUUACAAUUGUCAUGUCACUCUAGUCAUACAUCCAAGGAAAGAGCGUCAAGGAGAACACCUUGGUCUUAACUCAGUAUUUGGUGGAGCCAAAGCUACCCAGGAAGCUGACAAUGUCCUUAUGCUUCAAGACUACCGCGAAUCACAAGGCGGCCUGUUUUUGAAGGUGUUAAAGAAUCGGUUUUGUGGCGAUGUUGGUAGAGUGCCUCUAGAAUUUAACAAGUCAUCCUUAAGAUUCACUCAGCAGCAAAUGUUCCCCUCUGACAAACUGGGAAAAGAGGGUUCCUGGAACAAAUUGAAUGUUCUUGGGUGAAUACUGUCUCAAGACUGUGUACAAAGUGACUGUCUGAAUUAACUGUAGAAUAACAAAUUUUUACUGUGUA